AUUUGCUCGUGCCUCUUCUUUCUUCAUUCAUCAAUUUGAAGCCUCUCUCAUGGCCGCUGCACACACUCCCCUCCGUCUCCUCCAUCUUCUUCUUCUUCUCAUCUCCUCCGCUCUCUCCCUCCUCGCUCCCACUUCGCGCUCCCAGACGGCGCCUCCACCUCCGCUGUCUCCGCCUCCGCCCGUGAUCAACAGACACGUGCUGGCGGUUCGCAAAGACGGCGCGACGGGCCUCCAUGUGGCCAACAUACUGAGGAGAACCCCGCAAAAGCCCAUCCCUCACCUCGUCGACCUCAACGGCGAGAUGGUGUGGGAGCAUUGCGACGAGCGGCGCUACCUGUCGUCCACCUUCUACGCUCCUCCGUUCGGCGAUUACUUCUGCUCCCCUGCCGGCAAGACCCGGUUUUCCCACACUUGCCCCGGCUCCGUCGCCGCCCCCGACCGGGCCGGUUGCCACAAUAACUCGUGCGGGAUCAUGGCGGUGAACCCCGUGACAAAACGUGCGGCCGUUGCGGAGCUUUCGAUAGACAUGUUCUCGAUCCUAACAACUCGCGGCUCGAACCCCGGUCGGCCGAUCCGAUUCUGCAAGUUCUACUUCGCUUGCGCGCCCUCUUCCUUGCUCCGAUCCGGGUUGCCGGCCAAUGUCCACGGCGUCGCCGGGCUCGGCCACACGCCCAUCUCUCUCCAGAGCCAGCUCGCCUCGCACUGUGGCUUUCCGCCGAUGUUCGCCUUGUGCCUCACCAGCGUGAGUUCUAACGACAACAGAGGGGCCAUCUUCUUCGGCGACGGGCCGUACAACAUGCUUCCCGGGGUCGAUGUCUCGAGCGGAUUGCUCUACACGCCGCUGACGUUCCGACGGAGAGGGAAGUACUUCGUCGGAGUGAGAUCAAUCAGGAUAAAUCAGAAACCUGUCCCAUUGAACACAUCUCUGCUAGGCGAUGGACGAACUAGGAUCAGCACCACAACGCCAUACACUAUUUUGGAGCACUCAAUUUUCGUCGCCCUGACUCGAUCCUUCACCAGCGAGCUCUCGCAGAUACCGCAGGUGGAACCGAUCCCGCCGUUCCCGGCAUGUUACGAGCGAUCGAGUCUGUCGAGCACCCGGGCCGGUCCCGGAGUCCCGACGAUCGAGUUCAUCCUGCAAGACAAGAACACCGUCUGGACGAUCUUCGGCGCGAACUCCAUGGUCGAGGCGCGCCCGGAGACGCUCUGCCUGGCGUUCGUCGACGGGGGGUCGCGGCCCCAGGACCCGAUCAUGGUGGGGGCGCAUCAGCUCGAGGAUAAUCUCCUGCAGUUCGACGUGGCGGGAUCGAGGCUGGGGUUGAGCUCGUCGCUGUUGCUGCGCCGGACCAGCUGCGCCAACUUCAACUUCACUAGCAUUGCCCCACAAGCGGAGUGAUUGCCUAGGGAGGAAAUUA